GUGACUUGUUUUAAUGUCAUAUUGAUAAGUAUAGAACGUAAGUGAUUAUAUGCUUGGAUAAGUGUUUGCUCGCGUUUAGUUUAGUGAUAUAUUUAUAAGGAAAUGGACGUGCGAACGAUACUAACCGUCGUAGUUGCGUUGUGGGUGUGUGGUGCUGUCUCAGCGCAAAAUGAACAAGUUGAGGCCACAAACACUACCAGCUCCAGUGAACCAGCUAAGGAAUGUGUAACCGCCAGAAAUGUGUCGGGUGUGUGCGUACAACGGAACAGUUGCGACUACAGCACGGCAGCCAUUGAUCUCACGCUAUACGCCCCACAUAACUAUACCAGGCCCUGCGCGACAGCGGAGGUGUGCUGCCCGCAAGCCGCCAUCGUCCACGUGGAGCCCCCGAGCCACGUCACGUUCGACAGCGACGAAGAAGAUGAUGAUGACUGACACUUCUGAGAUCAAGGACCUAACAUACACACUGGACAUUCCGUCUGGGCCAUGUCCAACUUCCUAGAGUCAGACCAAGCUAACUCGGCAGCGAUUUUGAUAGCACAGACUGUACAAGUGUUAUUUUGAACGUCAUAAGCCCCCAUUAGCACGAGAGCUUUUUCAACGCGCGUUAAAAAAGCGCUUGAAUCUGUCCGCACUCUAAAUUCUAUUUAACGACCAAGGCUUAAAGUCGAAAAUCCAACAAUGCUUGAUAAAAAGCGCCACCGCUGUCGUGUGAAUAAAUAACGCGCGUUGUAAAAGCGCCCGUACGAAUGGGGGCUAAGUUCUGUGAAAUUAUGAUGUUUAAAAUAAGCUAAGCUUAAGAGAAUAAGCUGCAUUGUCUAUGGCAGGUCCACUCUACAUCGUUAAAAAAAGAUCCAUUGUGAAUUUCAUUGUACUUAGGUAUUUAUUUUUAGUGUUCCGUACAAAACUUUGUUCACGGAACACUUAUGGGAUCACUUCGGUCUUGCAAAUCAGUUAAAUGCGUUUUUUUAGUUAAAAUAAGUUUUUAUUUAAAAUACUUAUGUUCUGUAAGUUAUUUCUGUGAUUAAAAAUUUACUUAAGAA